AAAAGUCAUGUCUAUUAUCAAUAAGCCUGAAGUUGAUGAUGGAUCAGAUCAUCACCAAAAGAUGCUAAAUAUUAGCGAAGACGACGAACUGGUGGCCGAAUAUAUUGAAGAAGAUCUGCAAACGGUCAGCGAUGAUAGCGGUAUGUGGUGGCGGCACCUGUUGGCCGGCGGUGUGGCCGGAGCCGUGUCGAGGACUUGUACGGCACCGUUGGACAGAUUGAAAGUGUUUCUACAGGUUAGAGGAGCCGAAUUUCACGGACUUGGUCUCUGUCUAAGGCAUAUGGUUCAGGAGGGCGGCUAUCAAUCGCUGUGGAGGGGCAACGGUAUCAAUGUUAUCAAGAUUGCACCCGAAAGUGCCAUUAAGUUUAUGGCCUAUGAUCAGGCCAAACGCAUCAUUAGAGGCAACUCUACCCGAGAACUCUAUAUUUAUGAACGAUUUUUAGCCGGCUCGAUUGCCGGAGGAAUUUCUCAGUCUGUGAUAUAUCCGAUGGAAGUGCUUAAGACGCGGCUAACCUUACGCAAGACUGGCCAAUACGGCAGUAUAUUGGACGCCGCCCGUAAAAUAUACGCUACCGAAGGCGUGCGAUGUUUUUAUCGGGGAUUUCUACCGAAUCUGUUAGGCAUUAUACCGUAUGCCGGCAUCGAUUUAGCCGUCUAUGAAACACUUAAAAAACUAUAUCUACGCCACCAUUCACUGGAAGAAGAUCCGGGAAUACUAGUACUGUUGACCUGCGGCACCAUUAGCUCGACGUGCGGCCAAGUGACCAGCUAUCCGUUGGCAUUGGUCAGGACCCGAUUGCAGGCCCAAUCGGAUACUACUAGUACUACAACUACCGGUACGACUACUACUAGACGACCGACAAUGGUCAGCCUGUUUCGUACUAUUAUCAAAAAGGAGGGCUAUCUGGGCCUCUAUCGGGGCAUUACGCCCAACUUUAUGAAAGUCGCACCGGCGGUUAGUAUUAGUUAUGUAGUCUAUGAGAAUACGAGGCGAGCUCUGGGCGCCUCCAUGUCUUGACCACACAUACACACACACACACCGAUACUAUUUUUAGCGCCCUUUACGCCCCCUCUCUCUCUCACACACA